GAGCGCUCGUGACGACGAAGCAUUCCCUCGCUUGGGCCGCAACAUCGGCCAACCACCGCAGCACAGACAGAAAAGCAGAAUUGCCCCCAUCGUGAUCGUGAGCACGCGCUCCCGCUGGACGCGGAAUAUAACAAUUCGACCGAAACCUCGGCGCUGGUUUGCAGGGCGGGUGUGCCGAAAGCACGCUGAGUUGCCUCCCGUUGCUGCCUCCCGGCGGCAGCCGGCUCAUCGUCAAUGGCACCCACUGCCGUUGCUGCGCCGGCGGCUCCCGCCCCCACCACCAAAGUCAAACGUCCUGUUCCCCCAGGCAUUCAAACCAACGGCGUUGCCGCCUCGCGCUCAUCACCCUCUCCCUCCAUGUCGGCCAGGCGCGCUCCCCCCUCAGCCACCCGCCCGCCUUCCAACCCCCCGACCGCAAAUGGCGCGGCGCCGACAUCUGCCCGCGCGCCCAGCCGGCCGCGGAGAGACGGUUCGGGUCAGGCACUGGGUAGGGGUCAGAGGAGCGCCGGCCUCAGGUCCGCCAGCACGGCUCCGGACCUGUCGUCCUCGUCCCCCGUGACCGAACCGCGACCUUACGUGGUUACCGAUGAAUACAUUCUCAAGAAAUUCCACGGCUGCCCUCCCUCCCUCAUCGUCCACCUGCAUCAAACGCACUUCCGUUUCGAUCAACAGCAGGGAAUGUUUCCUUUCCACUCGCCCAUGAGGAUAUUCUUGGAGCAUCUGAAGACUCGGACUGUGCCUUAUGAGAUGCUCGAGUAUUUUUCGGAUGUGCCCUUUUACGAUGGCUGUCUGAUCGUCCAAGUACACGACCACAAGUCCGUUGCCCAGGCUCAGGACGAAGCCCGACCCACGUCGUCCUCGAGCAAGUCGACGCCGUUCUCCAUUCACAACUACAACCAAUAUAUCACUCCCUCUCCUUACGUGCCAUAUCCGAAGGAGAAUCUCCCUUCGAACGGCACAUCAGAUUCGGCCGCGGAGAAGACGGCCGGGGAGAAGGAUAAGGAGAACAUGCCGGCGCCCAAUGCGAGUGCCGAUGGGCAAAAGGACAAGGCCGCCCCCAAGGCCAAGGUAUACACAAUUGUCCUUCAUCCCACGCCGCUGAGCCUGCACGCGGACCUUUCUGUAAAGCUUCACACGCCUCAAGGAGCCUCUGACGCCCGUGCGGAUGGGACUGUCCCUCCGCCGACGCCUCACACUGCCGUGCCACCCACGCCCGCCGCCACGAACAUGCCGCCGCCCGCCAAAAAGCAGAAGCGGGAACGGAUGGAGCUCGACGGUCUUAGCAAAUACGAGGCGGAAGCCCAGAUCCUGCUAGCAACGACGCCGCCGCUUGAUCUGGAACCAACAAAGAAUGCAGAACAAACAAUUGCCCUGCUCGAGAAGCAAGCCCAUCCAGACCACUCACACAAGCCGCCCGAACCCAAGAUCCGGAAGAGAACGGUUGCCGAGGUGGCGGCUGAUGAGGCACAGGCUGCUGGCCAGGAGCGGUUCAUGCUCUCCAUGGAUGAGCGUCUCUCCGCCAAGCUUGCAGGCUCACAAGCUGCUGGCAACGGCCCAGAUGGGGACGGCCAGGCAGGUCCCUCGACGUGGGAGCCGAGGUUCGAGCGCUUCAAACUCAUCGCCGAUAUCAAGCGUGAACACGCCGAGAGGAAAGAGGCCGAGAGGAUCAAACAGUUGGAGAAGGAGCGGAAGUUUCAGCAGCAGAAGUUGCAGCAGCAGCAGCAACAACAACAACAACAGGAGGCAGCCAUGCUCGCAGCGAGGCAAGCCGAGGCGGAGCGCCAGCGGAAGGAGCAAGCUCUGCGCGAACAACAACAACGGCAGGAAAAUCAGAGACGAAUGCAGGCAGCCGCCCAAGCAGCACAAGCCCAGGCACAAGCUCAGGCUCAGGCUCAGGCGCAAGCGCAAGCCCAGGCUCAGGCUCAGGCUCAGGCUCAGGCCCAGGCCCAGGCCCAGGCUCAGGCUCAGGCCCAGGCCCAAGCUCAGGCCCAAGCCCAAGCACACGCGCAGGCCCAGGCUCAGGCUCAGGCGCAAGCCCAGGCCCAGCAGAGCGCAGGUGCCUCGGGAAUGGGCACGCCUCGCGCACACCCUGUGCAUCAGAGCCCCCUGCCGGCAGGUAUGACUGGCGGGAUGCCCGUCAACAUGGCUCAGGGCCAGGCACGGUUUCCCCAGGUCUCGCAAGGCCAGGCAUCGUCACCAAUCAUUCGUCAAAACACGCCGCAAAACGCAUCGUCUCCUAUGGGUAUGGCAGGCGUGGCCAUGCAACACUCCAAUUCCAACCUUGGGCAGGCGGGGAGUCCGGCGAGGCCUCCGUCGGUGGUUCAGAACCACCCGAUGGGCGCCCCCAUGGCACCGAACAUGUCGGCGCGGGGAAGUCAGCAGAGCCACGCGGGAGGCACACCGAGGAUGCCCAACGCGACCCCGAGCAUGGCACACGCCACGCCUAUCUCGCGGCCUCAGAUGGUGGCGACUCCACGCAUGACCCAAGCCAGCCCGCCGCCGGGCAUGAUGUCGGCUGCUCAACUAGGGCACAUGAUGAUGACGCCGCAGGGGAUUGUGCAGAUGCCGAAUGUCGGGGCUACCGCGGCUACGAUCGCCCAGCAACAGCGUCUGAUGCAACAACAGCAACAGUUGCUACAAAUGCAACAACAGAACGGCAUGAUGAACGGCAACCCCGCACUCCAGCAUCAGCUGGCACAGCAACAGCGGUUGAUGGCACAGCAGCAGCUGCUAUUGCAGCAGCAACAGCAACGAGGGCAGAUGAUGAACCAGCCAACGCAAGCCCAGUUGGCCGCGCAAUAUUCGCAGCAGCUGAGCAACAUGCAACAGCAAGCGGCGCAGAUGGGGCAGAUGAAUCCGAUGCAGCAGGCGGCUCAGAGACAGUUUCUGGCUGCCCAGCAGGCCGCUCGGAACCAGAACAUGAUGGCCAUGAGCGGCAUGACGCCAGCCCAGAUAGCCGCCAUGCAGCAAUUUCAACUUGCCCAACAGCAGCAGCAGCAGCAGCAGCAGCAGCAACAACAACAACAGCAACAGCACCAGCAGCAACAGCAACACCAUCCGCAAUCGGGCCAACAACAACCGGGCCACCAGCAGCAGCAGCAGCAGAUAGCCAUGGCCCUAAACACGCCGCAAAUACAAAACCAAAUACGUAACAUCACGACGGCACUUAUUACCAAGAACCUGCCGACCUUCACGGCCCGUUACAACGGCAUGCCGAUCCCCGAGAAGGAGCUGACCGAGUUCAAGCGCGGCUGCGCUCUGCAGGCGCGCAAUAUCGUGCUCAACCAGCUCAAUGGGAUGGCGGGACAGCAGCAGCAGAUGGGACAGAACCGUAUCAACCUUCAGGCCCAGAUGCAAGCGGCCGCUAUGCAGCAGCAGCAGCAGCAGGCCCAGGCCCAGGCCCAGGCUCAGCAACAGGCUCAACAGCAGGCCCAACAGCAGAUGGGGGGCCAGGGAAUGUAGAACUCCUUUGUUGGCGGCG